GCUGACGUGAUAAGCCAAUGGUGUUGUGUUAAAGGGUGUGGUACAGUUCAGCUGUCUGUCUGCUGCACAUGAAUUAUGCUCUCUACCACCUCAACUGUCUUUAUAUAAAACAACACCAUCAAUAAAGUGCCUGAAAGAUACCACUGCGUUUCGGACCAUAUGACAAGAACAGUGUAUGCCUCAUACUGCUCAAAAUAAUGUAUCAAGUGUCUUGGCACCAUCGUCAAACAGGGGUGGUCUGUGACUUGUGACUCACCUGUGAGUAAAGUGCAAUUAAGUAUCUUGCGCAAAUGCAGAAAGCUCAGAAGUUCUGAGUUAGUUGCAGGGCGGGGCAGACCAUAAUAAAACACUUCCUCGAGACUGCAGUGAGCGGACCACGGGGGAAACAGUCUGACUCUGCAAUGGCGACUGACUGGAAGCAGAAGUGUGACUCGGAAUGGCAGCUCGGGGCUCACGGUGUCCCAAUGCCUGACACCGUGGACUGGAAAUCGGUGUUCGAGACGAAGCCGUUCGAGCGCAACCUACUGCAAAACCCCUCGCCUUACGGUGUGAACCACACUGUUCCACCACCUGAACCCCAUCGGUCAGGAAUACCACCUCCUUCAGACCGACCACCUCAGUUGGAGCCUGAAGGUAAUUUCUCUGGCUGGAAAACUAAUACAGAAGUUUUGCCCUAUGACACUAGUGGAAUUCCUCCCGGUGUUGUGAUCUGCCAGCUUCCUCAGCACAGGUGGUUCACUCUAGAGCAGUGUGUGGACCUGAAGGCAGCAGGUCUGUGGGACCAACUGCUGGACGACUUUCAGCCAGAGAUUGUCAUUGAAGACUGGUAUGAGGAAAGCCAGCUUCAUAAAUGCAUCUAUCAGCUUGAUGUGAAGCUCCUGGGUGCUGAUGGUGAGACUGUUAUUAAGCAGCACACCUAUAACCCUGAAGAGGACCUGGAGUGCUACUCACACACCUGGAAAAAGGUCUCCCAUGUGUUCUCCAAGUAUGCGCCGGGGGUGCGGUACAUUCACUUCCUCCACAGACUGAAGAACCAGUUCAUGGUUGAAUUCUUUAAUACCAAAGUCACAGACAGCUCAGUUAUUGUCAAGGCCAGCAAACCCAGUGUGAAAUAAUAAUCCAUCAGUCAAAUUAAUUUGAUAAAGUCAGCAAUAAUAUUACAAGUAUUCAACUUGCAUAGUUCUUAAAGUAACUGCAUUGACAAUAAUAUAAUGAAACAUUCCUUUCUCAAUUUGUGACCUUUUUACUUAUUAUUAAUUAUGGUUCCAUUUUUAUUUAAGUAUUUAAAGGGUAAUUAGUUUUUUUGUGAGAAAGCUAUCUGUUUACUCCCCAUCAAGUGUUUGCAAAAUGUUUAGAUUUUUUUUUUUUUUUUUGUGGGUGUGCAAAAAGAUUAAGAUUAAGAUUAUUUUAAAGGAGCUCAGAAUCUUGAAGCCACUGACACCAGUAGAAAAGGCACCAUAUAAGUCAAAGGCUACUUUUCCAACAUUUUUCAAAAUGACUUAUUUUGUGUUAAACAGAAGAAAGAAACUUUGACUGACCAAGUGGAGGGUAAAUAACUGAUGUUGGAAUUGACUUUUUUUGGGAGAAUUAUUACAUUAAGCCCAGCAGAUGGCGAUAUAGCCCAACGAUUAUUAGGCUACAAACAAAAUUUUGUGUGACCCAUCCUGUCACGGAUUUCUAUGCUAAAUAAAAAAAAAUUAUUGUACAAAAUAA